AUGCUUGUAAGUGCCCAGAGUCUUCACAAGUUUGGUUGCUUUGCCAAGGCCCCAACUGAGCUGCGUAAAAGUUCUGGCAGCUAUCACCGACGCACCGUAAGCUGCUUGGCUAUUGCAGCCCACCACGGACACUAUAACCGCCUUUCGUAUUAUGCUUCUAAUGGUUACUUCUAUGACGCGAUUGGUCCGGCAGAAGGAUCAAUCUCACCUGUUAACCAAGCGCGACACGUCAAGCGUAGAAGUGAAGGCGCUAUUUCGAUUGAGCUGCUCCAGAAGAGCCUGUUAGAAGCAGGCAUUAAGACAAAGGAUGUCUCAAGUACUGCAGAAAUAGUUGUGGGAGCUAAACACAAGACUGAUGCUGAUGCAUCUAGACCAUUGAACGGAAGGCUUGUGAAGCUUGCUGUCCCUUCCUUCGUCAGUGUUACUCGUCGCUCUCUCCUCUCAGAUCUAUUAAGCAAUCAAGGUACAUCUGGCCGCCUCGAACAAAACGCCAAUCGCCGAAGGAUACUUAAAAGUAUGCGCCAAUGUUCGGUUGACGCUAAUGAGGUGGAUCUUAGCGUCGAUCGACCUUCUACUUGCGUGGUUUCCAUGGGGAGCAUCCCAUCUGGAGAAGAGAGCUCACAUUUGGUGGAUGAUAGUCAAGCAUUCAUUAUUGUGCCUACAAUAAGGCACAUUCACAAUCCCUGCCAUGCAGCUAUCAAGACUAAGCUCCAGUCACUACCCUACCGCGCUUUGGCCCGCCGCAGCGGCGCUGAUGAAGAUGACGAGGCACCCGAUUAUUUUGGCAUAGAGGAUCGCGUCUGGUAA